CAUAAACCAUGGGAGCUUGUAGUACUAUUUUACACUCCAUUCUCACGCCGUGUAACCCUCAAAACGUGAAUAGCCACGCCGCCCCAACUACCCCUCUAUUUUCAGUUCAUCACUAUUCCUCAGUGAGGUGUUGGCUUAGUCUGGAGGUACAAUGAGAUUGGAAAAGUGUUGGUUCUGUUCUUCUACCGUAUACCCUGGACAUGGAAUCCAGUUUGUUCGUAAUGAUGCAAAGAUUUUUCGAUUUUGUAGAUCUAAAUGCCACAAAAAUUUUAAAAUGAAGAGGAACCCUCGGAAAGUAAAAUGGACAAAGGCAUAUAGGCGAGUGCAUGGAAAGGAUAUGACACAGGAUUCAACCUUUGAGUUUGAGAGAAAGCGAAACAGGCCUGAGAGAUAUGACAGGAAUCUUGCGGAGAGUGUCCUCAAGGCCAUUCCAAAGAUUGAUAAAAUCAGAGUCAGCAGGGAGGAGGCACACCACAAGAAUAGGAUGAAAGGCAAGAAGCAGAAGCUGCAGAUGGAGGCAGUUAGGGAGUUGAAGCAGGGCAUCAGUCUGGUCAAAGCUCCAUCUGUGCUUCAAAAGGACCCUUCUCUCACCUUGCCCAAGGUCAAAGUUGGGGUUUCCCGACAACAAUCAGAGGACAAUCAUCCCAUGGAAGAGUGAUGUCAAUGCUGCACUUUCCCCAAAUUUGGUGGAUUCGGUGCCCAGAUUACAAGUUAAUUCAUCGCUGAUCAGAAAUGUGAAUGAUGCAAUUUUGAAACAAAAGUUUUGGCCGUUGAGAAAAUGUUUGCGAGUUUGUUUUUAGACAAUAAUAUUACUGUUAGAUAGUUAAUCUGUUAAUCUACUUAAUCAAAAAUAAUUGGAUGGGAAAAAUA